AUGGAUUGUGUUUAUUUUUAUGACCAUUUGGUGAUAAUACAGGACCCAAGUUGCAUUGAAUCAAUAAUCAGUGGUCGGUUGCCUUUGAAAGCUUCAGGUAUUGAAUGUCAGACUAAUGGGAAAGCUGUCGAAUACAUAUGUAAGCUUCUCUCUGAAGCUUUGAAAGAUAGGGUUUCACUUGUGUGUCCAGUCAACAUCCGUGUAAAAGGCGAAGAUGAUCUCCAAGCUAUAGGUUUAAAAUAUAUUGGUCAACCCACUCAUGCAGUCCUUACGAAAGGUCCUCAGAGUAACACUCCUGCUGGGAAUGAAUUUCGAAGCUUUUGGGGAGAGAAGUCGGAACUUAGACGUAUCGAUGGGGAUUUAUGUGAGUGCGUUGCGUGGAACAGUGGAGCUAAUGUUUGCAUGCAGAUCAUUAACUACGUUCUGGGAAAAAAACUUCAGUUGUCGUCAGAUUUGCAUAAAUCAAAGUUGUGGUAUCAUAUCCUGCCUAAUCGACUUGAUUCGUUCAUCAGCUUACAUAGAGGUAGUCGAAAGGCUAAAGUAGUCACUGCCUCAUCUCUUCGUUUAAUAAGAGCAAUGGAUAGACUUCGAGGAUUGUUACGAGGAUUAAACGACAAGCUUCCCUUGAACAUUACUGGAAUUCUACCUUUAUCAUCUGCUUUUCGAGAUACUGCAGUUUUCCCACCCAUACUAUCAGUUCCUGUAGCUGACCGGUCAGUUUACGGAGCAAAACAAAAUUCAAAAGAGAGACAGUAUUGUACAGCGAAAUGGAUUUUUGAAAAUUUACAUUUUCCAAUGUUCCCGCUUUACGUUGUUAUUCACCUGGAACAAUCUGGAAGAUGGCCAAAUGACUUAGACGCAUUCAGACAUAUGAAACGAUUACUAGUUAUUCGUAUACAUGAAUUAUUAUCACCCAAAGGAAUUCCAUCGCAUGUUACUGUGGAUAGUGCACUGGAUAUAUUUCUUGAUGGAUUGAUAUUUCGAGUCUUGAUAUCGCUAUCAAAAGAGCUUAAUUUAAUUCAGAAACUAACUGAUUCUCAACAAGUUGAAAAAGAUAUCCCGAGUAAACAGUCGUCAGAAAGUGAUAUGAUUGGUUUAUUGUCUACUGAAGUGGUUAGUACAGAGACAGUUAACUGGAUUCGUUUACAUCAAAGUCUACCAACAUUGGCUGGUACAUUAGCUGGUGUUUCACGUACUUAUCCGCAUGUUUUCCCAAUAGCCUGUCGACUUGCAAAACGUUGGUUAUCAGCUCAUGGAUAUCCAGUGAUUUUGUGCCCAUAUGAAUGUGAAUUAGAUGGUCUACGUAAUUCCUCUGAUUUUUUUCCACAGCCUGAAGAGUGUUCCUCAGCAUUGUCAAGUUGUUGGCUUAAAGAAGAUAUGACUACGAGUACUAAUAAUGGACGUAUGGCUGAGGUGACUGUUGAACUAUUAGUUCUUUAUGCAUCUAAACUAUGUGAUUCUAUUGCUUUGGAUUCGAAUGAAUGUAAUCUUGCUGUAAUUGGAUCACCUGUUGCUGCAUUUCUACGCUUUCUUGACUUGUUAGCUAUACAUGAUUGGGAAAAUGUUCCACUUUUAGUUGAUUUAAACGAAGGAUUUUCUGACAUUAAUAAACGUCGUUCAGCAUUGGAUUCAUUUAAUCAUACACCGAGGUGUAAUUUACCUGCUUUAGUCAUUUACACUCCAUUAGAUCUGACUGGAAUACAAUGGACUGAAAUAGGACCGAGUCGAACAGGUCUAAGGGAAUUGAAAACGAUUGCAGCUCAAUCACGUGACUUACUCAGAGCUAUGCUUGUUAGCGGUGCAACUAUAGAUGAUAUAAUGGUCAUUUUUCGUCCAGUGUUCAAAAAGACAGAUAUUGUACUGAAAGUACAAGAGAAUAUUAUAAAUAUUCGUCAUUUAGAAUCACUUGAUAGAGUAUUACAAAGAAACCAUCUUAUCGUUCAUGAAGCUAGUACAGAUGAAUUACCUAUGGAAUUACCAUCUCCUGGAGCUCGUUACUGGCCACAAUCAUUUUGUUAUGAUCCAUUGAAUUGGUUUAUAAGAUUGUUGCAGUUACGUUUAGGCAAGUAUUUUGAAGUUUUGUGGGAUCGUCAUGGUGGUAACUGGAUAGUAUUACGAUGGCGUCAGGAUUACUAUCAAAAAUUAAAUUCAUCAAAGCCUUUUCAACUCAUUCAAUCUAUAUUCACUGUUGACUUGUUGGAUGGGUUAACGCAGCAUACAGAAGCUGACCAAUUGACUGAUUUACUUCUUGUAUAUGAUGAAAAAUCAUUUGUAAGAUUAUUAUCUGCUUGGGCGGAGAAGUUUAUUCGACCAUCAAUUGUUUUUAAUCAGUUGACAGUAGAGGAGAAUACAGACAGGGGAAACAGUGAAAAACGUAAACAUAACUCUGAAGACAACAUUGAGAUGGGAAUGAAGAAGAAGAUGAAGACAAGUGGGAAGAGUGAAAAGAAAAGAAGAAGAAAGAGAAGAUAUUUGUUAAAUGAUGAUGUUAAUAUACUGCUGAAUAUGUAA